AUUGAUUAGCAGACGAUGUGUAUAAUAGGCAAUAUCAAAAGUCCGAUUGAGAAAAUAAAAGUUUACAAAAUCUAAUAAAUAAAUAAGUGCUUGUAAGCUAUGGAUCAUAGAAGCAAACGACGUGUCCUUAUUACAGGGGUUGGAAUGACGCAGUUUGAAAAACCAAAAACGAAAGAGUGGAAUUAUUACGAUAUGGGACGAGAAGCUGCUCAUCAAGCUUUACAGGACGCAGGGGUUCCUUACGAUAAAGUAGAGGCUGCUGUUGUUAGUUAUUGUUAUGGCGAACCCACUUGCGGUCAAAGAGCUCUCUACGAACUAGGUUUAACUGGAAUUCCAAUCUUCAACGUUAAUAACAAUUGCUCAUCAGCCUCCAGCGCCCUGAUGUUGGCUGGAGAACUAAUAAAGGGCGGGAAAGACUGCGUUUUAGCCGUUGGCUUCGAGCAAAUGGAAGCUGGAUUGUCAUCAAGAUAUAAAGAAAAAGUUGCUCCUACAAAGAUACACUUUGACAAAAUGUACGAUUUGGGAGCUGAUUCGGAUCUUUUACCUGGGUUGAACGAAAUGACAUCCGAAGUUAUUAAAAUAUUUGCCUAUUCAGCAAGAGAAUAUAUUAAAAAGUAUAAUUCCGUAACUAAGCGUGAUCUGAGUGAAAUAUCGUUGAAAAAUCGAAAACAUGGAUCACAAAAUGAUAGAGCUACAAAACGUUCCUCACCCAUUCCAUCUAUAGAUGAUAUCCUAAAAAGAACGUUGUGUGAACCAAUCACACUUCACAUGGCAGCACCAACUGCCGAUGGAGGUGCAGCCGCUCUUGUUUGCAGUGAAGAAUUCGUUCGAAAGAAUAAUUUGCAAAUGCAAUCUGUUGAAAUUGCAGCUCAACAUAUGUUGACCGACUUGCAGUCUACUUUUGACAAAACAUUUAUGGAUUUGUGUGGGUAUAAAUUAGCAAAGGAAGCUGCUCAACGAUGCUACAAUGAUUCUAACAUAAGUCCUAGUGACGUUGAUGUGGUUGAGUUGCAUGAUUGCUUCUCAUGUAAUGAGCUCUUCAUGUACGAGGCUCUUGGCUUUGCUAAAGAAGGUCAUGGAAUGGACUUAUUCAGAAUGGGCUCUUGGAUAAAGAACAAAAGUGGAGGCGAAAUUUACAAAAUGAACAAUAUUGUUGUCAAUCCAUCCGGUGGCUUAGAAUCAAAAGGGCAUCCUAUUGGUGCAACUGGAUUGGGUCAAUGCGCCGAACUAUGUUGGCAAUUGAGAGGUGAUGCUGGAAAAAGACAAGUAGAUGGAGCACGAGUUGGUUUGCAACACAACUAUGGAAUUGGCAGUGCUUGUGUUGUUACUUUAUACAAACAGUAUGGUUUAAACAGCAAUCUGUGA